AUGUCGAAUACCGAACCUUCUGAGGGUUCCAACGCCUCAAUCCUCCAUCUUACCAAACGAAUAAGACAUCUCAGUCGACUACCAGCCAGUUGGGUCAAGGCAAUUGACGCCCAAACCGCCCCAGAAGAGUCCUAUGUCUGUGAAACCUGCCAACGCCUGGAUCUCAAAGUCGAAUCCUUCUACGUUCAGCUAGGGGACAAGGAAUAUGAAAUAGCAAAGAAAUUCAGAUAUUUGGGCCGGCUGUCACAGAUUCAAAGGAAAACACACUGCCCUUUCUGUCGACUUGUGCUCGAAAUUGCCGACCGUCCUCCCGAUCAAAGAACCCCUAGUUCGGUCGCCGAUGAGGAUCCUGCGGUUUACGCACGAUGGGUGGUGGAUGGACAGGAGGACCUAGGCCCAAACCCAGACCGACCUGGAGAACAUCACUUCAAAGCCCGAACGCGUCGGUUGUUGAUCUACAGCGAUCCCCAAACAUUCAAAGAUGGCUAUAUCGUUCUUUUAGCCGAGGACGCUCCGAGGCCCGAAUGGUUUGGAAGGCGCAUCACGUCGCCCGAUCUUCUGGAUAUCCAGCAACUGCGAACAUGGAUUCAUGAUUGCGAGACCACCCACGGUCUGGAGUGUGAGGAAUCCCUCGUCCACCCCGAUCUACUGGGUGCACCAAAAGACGUGUUCCGGGCCAUUGACGUGAAUACAAUGAACAUUGUUGAGGCACCUCGGAACUCGAGAUAUGUGGCUUUGAGCUACCUCUGGGGUAAGAAUUUCAACCAACUUUUCACAACCAGCAAAAACUUGUCUACACUAUCAAAACCAGGAGCACUAGAAAAGGAAAAACUACCCAGAACCAUCAAAGAUACCAUUACGUUGACGAGGAUGUUGGGUGAGCGAUAUUUGUGGACCGACAGUCUGGCUCUCCUGCACGAUGCUGGCUUUCAAUAUCAUGAUGACUGGGUCUACGCACGUGCUGCGUUGACCGUGGUUGCGGGUUCUGGAAAAGACGCAAAUGCGGGACUUCCAGGUGUGAGAAAAGAAUCGCGGAAAUUUCAUCAAGAAAUAGAAGAGAUUCGGCCUGGUCUGAGAUUGAUGAUGUCGCAUCUGGCUGAAGAUUAUAUCUCAACGUCACAGUGGGACUCCCGGGCGUGGACAUUCCAAGAGCGUAUGCUCUCUAGACGUUGUCUGUUAUUCGUCAAUGGGCGGAUAUACUAUCAGUGCCGGCGAACCACUUUCUGUGAAGAUAUGGAAAUGCCUCUGAAUGGCGGAUGGUCCCUCGACUCGAUCGACAUGCCCACUCGGAUUUUCCGCGAAAAGCCAUUUGUUCAAUUCACGUCGGCCGUGGAGCUCUAUACGCGGAGAGAGCUGACGAAUCCGAUAGACAUCUUGAAUGCCUUUGAAGGAGUGCAACUGGUGCUCGAAAAGCGCCUCUCCGCAAAAAUCUUUUACGGCGUGUUGGAAACAAUGGUCGAUUCCUCUCUGAUAUGGGAGUCUACCAAGAGAUUGUUCCGUCGGUCAGGAUUCCCAAGUUGGUCAUGGUCCGGAUGGAUCGGUGAGAUUCAGUGGAAAUACAGCGAGCCCGUACGAUCCUGGAUUCAGUGGCAUGCCGACCAGAAUAUUGGGCUACAUGCAUUCUCAGACCAGGCCCAUGAGAGAAUCGCCCCACCUCUCGAGCGACCAGAGAACCCUACACCACUUUCGCGACACAAUUUGAGCAAGAAGAUCCCUUUGCUACACUUUCGAACAAUAACCGCUCAUUUCACUCUCAUAUCUCCCGCGCUCAUUCACAAAUCAGUGAUUUCUCCCUUGCGCAAAAGACUUACGGGACCGAGCGCAUUAUCGACAGUACGACCAGCUCCUGCAGAUCCUGGAUUGAUUCGAGCAGGAAUUGCAGACGACAGAGGGUGGUGGUGUGGAACAAUUGACCUGGAUGCAGUUUGGAUGUCUCGUGUUGGAGUGCCAUUAGAGUUUCUGCUCAUGUCCCGGGUCAGCAAAUUUACUGACGAUGAACUUGCCAUCUGGGAGGGAACAUUACCGGAUGAAGUUGAAGACAUUUUGGCUCAACGAGAUUACGGAGUCUACAAUGUGAUGUUGGUCUCUAAGCGGGACGGUAUAUACUAUCGGGAGGGUUUGGGCCGCAUAUUAACAGGGGCAUUGCAACGUGCAGUCCAGCCUGCUGGUUGGAAGGAUAUCAUUCUUGGAUAA